GUCAAUUUGUCACCUGCCCGAGACGAGGAAAUUAAGGGUUUCUGUCAAAGCUAAACACUCAGCUUGCUCGGCGGAGGAGACGAGGACAUCCUUCACGAAUCCAUCUGUCAAGAUUCCAGACGAGUUACGGCACACGCAGGCGAUCGAUCCUUCGAAUGAACCAGAGCAGGCGCUUCCCAGACUUCCCUUGUCCAUCUGCAGAGAAGAAACAGAUGUUCCGGCGUCUCUGCAUGUGUUCCGCAGUAUGGGCAGUUCGGAUCAGGUACCAUCUUCCUUCUAUACAGGUUUUCCUUCGUCGGGAGAGCAUUCUGACACACACUCCAGAUGAAAUUUCUGAUUUUGUGUGGAGUCUUCAUUUUCCAUAUUCUGUUCCAGAGCUUAGUUGGGGGUUGAUAGGAGGAGGAUGCGCUCUGAGUUUCCAUGUUUUCGUUCUUGCGAAUGUUGUGGUAGCAGCUUUUAACAGAGUACUCCCCUUCCCUCGUGCCAGUUCAGAUCAGCUUAUCUUCGUUCAUCUGCUAUCUAAUUUGUAUCGUGAGGAUCUCUCGCACUACCUUUUCAUCAAAUACCCUUCACAGGACUGGUUCCUUCCAUGUGCGUUCUUCCUGGUUUAUCAGUUCAGCGACUAAUCUUGGAUCCCCUGCAUUCGCCGGUCCCCCUAUCCUUCCCCAGCUUAGGCACUUAUCCUCCCUGAUGUUGAUGUUCUGUCCAUUCCCUACUGACCACAUUACCGAGUCUUCAAUUGAUGUUCUUCCCAUAAGUAUGCUCUGCAAUCCCCACGAUGGUCUGGAUCCCUUCUCUGCCUUCCAGAAACAUUUAGUUGGGUAGUAGAUACCUUUUAACACCUGACUACACAGAGUUUUAUGGUUAUGUGCUAGAUUCCAAGCCUGUUUUCCCAACAUUGCCUUGUUAAAGGAUAUUAAAUCCCUAAACCCGAGGCCUCCCCUGUCUUUUCUCUGUUUUAGGAUUUCGGCUUUCCUCCAGUGAACUCCCUUUGUUGCGGUUUGAUUCUUCUACCAGAAGGUGAUUAUUUUUUGUUCAAUUGCCCGACAUACUGAAACUGGGAUCUUGAAGAUUGACAUGGCAUAUUGUAGUAAUGCUUGGACAACAGUUUUUAUCAGGA